GUGCUCUCCGUUCGGUUACCCGGAUAGAGAUUGACUAUAUAUAAAGGACAAUUGUAGGCGGGUGUUGUAGUUUAAACUAGCAGUCGGUAUCAAGCUAUUUCAUCUUGUGCUGCAGCGGGGAGAAUUAUUUGUGCGUUUUAAAUAUGGCUGGCGGUAAAGCAGGUAAAGACUCGGGGAAGACCAAGACGAAGGCUAUUUCGCGCUCGCAGAGAGCAGGACUGCAGUUCCCAGUGGGUCGUAUCCACAGACACCUCAAGUCUAGAACCACCAGCCACGGGAGAGUGGGAGCCACUGCAGCGGUGUACAGCGCGGCUAUUCUUGAAUACCUCACUGCUGAGGUCCUGGAGUUGGCAGGAAAUGCAUCAAAGGAUCUUAAGGUGAAACGUAUAACCCCACGCCACUUGCAGCUGGCCAUUAGAGGAGAUGAAGAGCUGGAUUCACUCAUCAAGGCCACUAUUGCUGGUGGAGGUGUGAUCCCUCACAUCCACAAGUCUCUGAUUGGAAAGAAGGGCCAGCAGAAGACCGUAUAACCUGAAGUGCUCCAAAAGUCGUGCCAUCUCAGGACGAAGUCUGCAUCAAGUGGUUAAAUGUCUUAGAUUAGAACACCUUUAGGAGUUAUUUGUAUGGUUGAGCUUGCAUUUACUCACCUGGGGUAUUUUUUAAAAGUGGCUUCAGAGAAGCUCAUUUUUGUGUUUUGGCUUUUUUUUUUUUUUUUUUCCUGGUGUUGCAGUUUUUGUGUCGAAACUUCCUUUUGUGGCAUUCCCAUGUUUAAAGUGGUGUUUUAAUAAAUCUCUUAUUGGGCAUUUGCAGUUUGCUCUUUCAGUUCUUGCUUGUUCAUGAGCUUCUGUUGUCAUGUCAUCACUUUCUACUCUGUAGGUAUUCAGUUGGCUACCCCAGUGUGGAAGGUGAACAUGUGUUUGGCUUUAGUGUUUUUAAUCUCUCCAGAUUCAAAGAAUCCAUCUUGGUUAAAAAGUGAAGGUCAACCACUGCUACCACAGCUUGCACAUGGAAAGCGUCAUGGAGUAUAUAAAACCAUCUUAAGCGUGCAAACCAUCAGUUUCAGUCUUGUGCUGUUGCAUGAAUUGCAGAGCAUGUUGAACAUCAGUUUACUGUUGGGCUGACAUGAACUGGGAAAACCUUGUCAUUUUUGGAUUCUGAAUAAAGACUGGACUGGCACAGUCAGAACAUUUUA